AUGUUGUUAGAAGCUGCUUAUGGUGCGCUAUUAAGCGCGAGAGACUCUGGAUCGGAUUCCAGCUCAGAUGGCACGGGGCCCGUUGUAGACGGGAUUUCGCCGGUGUCGAUGUAUAGUGGCAUGGUGCCGAACCUGGCGUUCAACAUAGCAAUGCUUGUCAUUUGGUCUUUGCUGCUGGCAUUCCACACCACGAUGGUGUGGUGGAAACAGUACUGGUUUUCCAUCGCGUUUAUGUGCGCCGGAAUCAUGGAGGUUAUCGGGUAUGUCGGAAGAGUUAUAUCGCACUACAAUGUGUUCAAGAUCGAUCCGUUUUUGAUGCAGAUGGUGUGUCUGACCAUCGCGCCCGUCUUCACGAUGGGUGGUGUCUACUACCAGCUAGCCAAGCUCAUAGAGAUCUACGGCCACCGGUUCUCGCUGCUUCCGUCUCCGAUGGCGUACUCGUACAUUUUCAUAGCAUGCGACAUCAUAUCGCUGGUCAUCCAGGCGGCCGGCGGUGGUCAGAGUGGUUCGGCUGCUACUUCGGGCACAAACACCGAUGUGGGGGACAAUAUAUUUGUGGGGGGGUUGGCAGUGCAAGUGGCCUCGAUGACUAUCUUCAUAUGUUUGAUGCUCCACCUGUUCUACAAGGUGUUUGUCCAGACCCGCAUAGAUCACGCGGGGGUCAACAGACUGAGCUGGUCGUUGUUCAAGAUUCCGCAGACAGAGAUCGAUUACAUGUACAGAAAAAAGUUCCAGCAUGUGAGGCUCAACCCUGACAGAUGGGUGUUCCAUUACUUCCCGUUUGCACUAGCGUUGGCGGUUUUCCUUAUCUUUGUUCGUUGUUGCUAUAGGUUGGCAGAGUUGGCAGAGGGAUGGGGCGGCAAUCUGAUUACCCACGAGAAUUAUUUUAUCAUUCUGGACGCCUUAAUGAUGGCGGCGGCAACCACUAUACUGACAGUAUUCCAUCCAGGGUUAGCCUUCAGAGGUAGAGAGGUUACUAUCAAGAUUACGAGGGGUCAUGUCGAUCCAGAGACGUUACAGGAUCUGGAGAAGGAAAAGUAUUCGGGGGAGGGAACGUCUGAAGACGAUGAGAAGAGUAAUCAUUCAACGAAAAAUGCUUUCUUGAGUUUUUUCAGAAGGAAAGCAAGUACACGCUCACGUACUGGCACAGACACGACGACUGUAAAACUAGAACAAGCUUCGCUUAAGGAAUCCCAGUAA